AUGACACGUGAACCAUCAACAGCUAGACUGUUGUUUGAUCAAGUAAUGUGGGAAAUUGCGCGCGACUGCAACUGCACUUGUUAUGAUUGUCGCAACGUACUCGAGAACGAUGGAAAACUGAAACUCUCAGCCGGUACGAAGGAGAAAACGCGAUUGUGCGUUAGCGGACGCGUCGGAGGAGAAACGGACAGAUAUCCGCCUCGUCGUCGUUGUCGUCGUGUGUAUGCUGGAGUCGGUCACUAG